CGGGCGGGGCGGGGCGAGCCGGGGCGGGGCGGGGCGAGAGGGCCGGAGCCGCCCCGCAGCGCAGCCGAGCCGAGCCGAGGCCGGAGCCCGGGCCCCUGCACGGACGCCGGCCCGGCGGUCCCAGCGCCCAGGUGACACAGGAAUAGAGGCGUCUGUUCCAGGGGACCUGCUGGGCCCCCUCUCUGCCUGAGGCUCAUCACCGUCGUCCCCCACACAGGCCUGUGCCCCCCACCCCACCAUGGCCCUGGCCAGCAUCAACGAGCUGCCCGAGAGCAUCCUGCUGGAGCUCUUCACCCACGUGCCCGCCCGCCACCUGUUGCUGCACUGCCGCCCCGUCUGCAGCCUCUGGCGGGACCUCAUCGACCUCGUGACCCUCUGGAAGCGCAAGUGCCUUCGAGAGGGCUUUGUCACCCGGGACUGGGACCAGCCCGUGGCCGACUGGAAGGUCUUCUACUUCCUGUGCAGCCUCCGCAGGAACCUCCUGCACAACCCCUGUGCUGAAGAGGACAUGACAGGGUGGAAACUUGAUGCCAAUGGGGGGGACCGCUGGAAGGUGGAGAGCCUCCCUGGAGAACAUGGUACAAACUUUCCUGACCCCGAAGUCAAGAAGUACUUUGUCACAUCCUACGACCUGUGCCUCAAGUCCCAGCUGGUGGACCUCAAGGCCAAGGGCUACUGGGAAGACCUGUUGGACAGGAUUCGGCCCGACAUCGUGGUGAAGGACUGGUUCGCAGCCAGAAGAGACUGUGGCUGCACCUACCAGAUCCAAGUCCAGCUGGUCUCGGCCGACUACAUCUGCCUGGCCUCCUUCCGGCCUCCGCCUGUGACUAUGCACCAGUGGAACGAUGCCUCGUGGACAGAGGUCUCUCACACCUUCUCGGACUACCCGCCAGGAGUCCGUCACAUCCUCUUCCAACAUGGGGGCCAGGACACCCAAUACUGGGCAGGCUGGUACGGGCCCCGGGUCACCAACAGCAGCAUCAUUGUUAGCAACAAGAUGACCAGGAAGCCAGCCCCAUCCACUACUCUGUCCGACAAAGCAGGGGCGGAGGAAGCUGCCCCGUCACCUUCCCGCCUGUCUUCACCAACCUGAUGAUGGCCACCUGGCCACCAUCCAUCCGUCCUCUAUCCAGGUCUGCCAGAGGUCCCACCAGGGAGAGCUGGGCCAGCACUGGGCGGAGCUCCCAACAGUGCUGGAAACUUAGGGUCACACUGGCUCCAGCAUUUUAUCGGAAUAAAGGUUAUCAGUGAAAGCA